AUGGCUCUCAACCCACGAUGCCGUGCCGUAGUAUACCGUGGGUUUGUUCGGCCGAUCCUGGAGUAUGGGAUGCUGGUAUGGAUGAGCGCAGUACCCUCCACACUAGCCAAGCUCACAGCCAUCCAACGUAGGGCACUCCACGUCAUUGGUGAUGGCUGCUACCUGCCCAGCCUGGACAUCCGUCGCUCUGUUGCUGCCCUCUGCUACCUGUUCAAGCUCCACUAUCUGACUGGCCCUGACAUAAUCACAGCCCUCCUACCCCCGCCAGCUCCAGCCCCAGUCCGGGCCCGCACCCGAGCCAGCGUGCGCACAAUUGCGAGCCACCAUCCGCUCCAGCUGACCAAGACUGUCCCACCUCAGUCUCGGAACAAUGUCCUUCGGUCCUUCCCCCACUGUAUGAUUGACACCUGGAAUUGUCUCCCAGCCUCUAUCCUCAGUGCUGGCCCCUCCCAGAAGUCGAUGCAGACCUUCAAGAAGAAGGUCUAUGACCACCUGAGGCAGUCUGACUGGGACUGGGCAACCGACCGCCUCUACACUCCUCCGCCUCCGGGAUUAUGCUCCUGCUUCUCCCACCCCAAGCCUAACUGUCGCCAAUCCUGA